AUGCCACGCGGAAACGGUGAACAGACCAAGGUUAUCUACAAAGGCAAGAACGAGGACUUUAUUGUCUUUGUAGAGUCGGUGGAAAACCUCAACAAGUGGAAAAAAGAUCCCUCGAUCCGUCUUCUCGACGUAGUCGGUUCCUUCAAGGUGUUCUGUACCCAUAAGUAUGAACUACCGUCUUCUCCCUCCAUCCCCAGACCAAUGAUAACGAAUAUUAUAGGCACGGGGCGCAAGGAAUUCUCGAUGAGGCUGGAGGCGGCCUUCUAGAGGGCGAAUUCGGUACCAAGAAAGAAGAGGAAGUGGUUAAAAAGAUACUCCAGGGCGGGUCCUUCCAGCGCGGUGUUGUAAGUUAUCCCUUUAUCAACUUAUACAUCACACGACUAACACCCCCCGACAGGCCGAGGAACGCCAGGGAGACAGGAACAUUUCAGAUGGACCAAUGCAGGCUCAGGGCUACAUCUUUUAA